GUUUGUGAACAGGUUUAAUUACAGAUCCACCCAUCAUCUGACCACCAACGGUUUCUACGAGUUCCUCAACUGGUUCGAUGAGAGAGCCUGGUAUCCUCUGGGACGAAUCGUUGGAGGAACGGUCUAUCCUGGUCUGAUGGUGACUGCAGGUCUGAUUCACUACAUCUUGAACCUCGUCCACCUGACCGUCCACAUCCGGGAUGUCUGCGUGUUCCUGGCACCCGUCUUCAGUGCUCUGACGGCCGUCGCCACCUUCCUGCUGACACGUGAGCUGUGGAAUCAGGGGGCGGGGCUUCUGUCCGCCUGCUUCAUGGCCGUCGUGCCCGGAUACAUCUCACGCUCGGUGGCCGGAUCAUUCGAUAACGAGGCCAUUGCCAUAUUUGCCCUGCAGUUCACCUACUUCCUGUGGGUGAAGUCGAUCAAAACUGGAUCGGUGUUCUGGACCAUCGGAUGUUGCCUCUCGUAUUUCUACAUGGUGUCGGCGUGGGGCGGUUACGUCUUCAUCAUUAAUCUGAUUCCUCUUCACGUGUUCGUUCUGCUGUUGAUGCGCCGCUUCAGUAAGAGAGUUUACAUCGCGUUCAUUGGUCUGAUUCUGUCUAUGCAGAUUCCUUUCGUUGGGUUUCAGCCAAUCAGAACCAGCGAACACAUGGCAGCGGCUGGUGUGUUCGUGCUCGUGCAGCUCUACUCGUUCCUGCAGUUCCUGCGAGACAGACUGACGCGGCAGGACAAACAGACUCUGUUUUCUGUCUGCGUUUGUGUUGCUGCGCUGCUGCUGUUUGUGUGUGUCGUUUACCUCAGCUGUAUCGGUUGGAUCGCUCCGUGGAGCGGACGCUUUUAUUCACUCUGGGACACGGGAGUUUGUGUUCAUUUUACGAUCAUCGCGUCCGUAUCGGAGCAUCAGCCGACCACCUGGGUUUCCUUCUUCUUUGAUCUUCACAUCCUGGUCUGCACCUUCCCAGCAGGCCUGUGGUUCUGCAUCAGAAACAUCAACGCCGAGCGCGUGUUUGUGGUUCUGUAUGGCAUCAGCGCGGUGUAUUUCGCCGGUGUGAUGGUGCGGCUCAUGCUGACUCUGACGCCUGUGGUGUGCGUUCUGUCGGCCGUGUGUUUCUCCAGCGUGUUUGAACGCUAUCUGAGCGACGAGGUCAAGCAGGAUGAUCCUCCUGCUGAAGACGCUGCUGACGAGGAUGACAAGAGGAACUCUGGGAGUCUCUAUGAUAAGGCUGGUAAGCUGCGCAAGCAUCACGUGUGUGAAGAGGGUUUUGGUUCAAACAUCAGGAGUCUGGUGAUCGUCCUCCUGCUGCUGCUGCUGCUGAUGUUCACUGUUCACUGCACGUGGGUCACCAGUAAUGCUUAUUCCAGUCCCAGUGUCGUGCUGGCGUCCUACAACCACGACGGCUCGCGCCGCAUCCUGGAUGAUUUCAGAGAGGCGUACUAUUGGCUGCGGCUCAACACAGACCAACACGCGCGUGUCAUGAGCUGGUGGGAUUAUGGGUAUCAGAUCGCAGGCAUGGCCAACAGAACCACACUAGUGGACAACAACACCUGGAACAACAGCCACAUCGCACUGGUGGGCAAAGCCAUGGCAUCCAAUGAGAGUGUGGCGUAUGACAUCAUGAGGCUGCUGGAUGUGGACUAUGUGCUGAUCAUCUUCGGAGGGGUGAUCGGAUACUCGGGCGAUGACAUCAACAAGUUCCUGUGGAUGGUGAGGAUCGCCGAGGGAGAACAUCCCAGAGACGUGCGGGAGAGUGAUUUCUUCACGCCGCUGGGAGAGUUCAGGGUGGAUAAAGCCGCGUCUCCAGCGCUGCUCAACUCGCUGAUGUAUAAGAUGUCCUACUAUCGCUUUGGAGAAAUGCAGCUGGACUUCAGAACUCCUCCAGGAUUCGACCGAACGCGAAACGCCGAGAUCGGAAACAAGGACGUGAGGCUGAGGCACCUGGAGGAAGCCUUUACCUCCGAGCACUGGCUCGUCCGGAUCUACAAAGUCAAAGAUCUGGACAACCGGCAGCCGCUGGAGCGCAAACCUCGAGUCACCAAUCACAGACACAAACACACACACUAUCACUCCUCCAGGAAGGGCACCAGGAGGAAACGAGGAUUCAUUAAAAACAAACUUGUUCUGAAGAAAGGCAGAAGACUGAACCGGAAACUGAAGCGAACUGGACUAGACUGAACUGAACCGGAUCAGUGAAGAUGAAGACCGACUGUUUGAUUUCAGCUGGUGCUCUGACGCUCUAACGCUGGUUUUUAUCUUUAUUUCACUGCUUCAUGCUUGAAUAUGUGUUUGAUAUGACUGAGAAUGACAACUUUCUAGACAUUUAAGAUUAAAUCUGAAGGAGAAUGAAGAUAUUGAACCAAAGAGCUCAUGUUCUCCUCGCAUGAAACAUUUACACUUGAAAAUUACAAUUACACUCAAAAAUAUUGGGGCCUAAAAUUUAACAUUCAUGUGUUUGAAUUGCAUAUAAAAAUGGACACAGUUUAAACAAAAAACAAUAAAAUUAAUGUGAUUCGUAUUUGUCAGGCAUACAUAAAUGUAAAGUCAGAUUUCUUACUGUAUUAUUGCCUAUUUGCAUCUAUCGAUUUUAUUUAAAUAAUCAUUUUCAAAGUGUAUUGUGAGUGUGUAGUAUGAACAUGGUUAAAAUAUGACUAGCUGUGGGACAAGCAAUAUUCAAUUAGUUCAAAUAACAGAAACAAAUCAGAUUGAUUGAUGAUAAUUAUAUAAACCAUCUUUCAUUUAUUGUGACUGACAAAUAUGCAUCACGUUAAGUUUAUUUGUUUUUGUUAAUACUGUGUAAUCAGUUUGUUUAUUUGUUUUUUCAAUGUGUUUUGUUUUGUUUUAGUAUGCAAUGAAUCGAUGCAGUAAUUAUCAGGACUUUUGGACUUUUUCCUGUAACUGUGAAUGGAUUUUCUUUUUGUGAUAAUUGUACAAGAAUGUUUUACAUGUGAUGUAUAACUUAGAUUUUAUAGUAGAGUUUUGUAUGCAAAAAUAGAUGGAAAUCUCUCACUGCUGCAGCUGCUGAACUCACCGUCACUGAUCUGAUGCUGCUUCAGUCCUCAGACUUGAACUUUGUGUGGAUUUUUAUAGUCUUUGAACUCUGUACUGAUUUAGUUUUAUUUCUCUAUAAACGCUUCUAUCUCUAUGUUUUAUGGAAGAGGAUUAGGGCCAAGCAAAAAAAUAAAAUAAAAAUAAA